UUUAGUAAAAAGCAAUGAGUUGGUUCGAGGCGAAGGGUCUAAAUUGGGCGAAAAGUGCAAUAAAAGAAGCAGUCGCUUCCAUCGACAAAGCACUGGAUAUACAAGAUGAAAAUACUGGUGGUGAAAAAAGUAUGCAAGUCGAAAAGUCUUCAUCUGCGAAUACGACGUCAGCUGGUGGCGCUGUGCGAAAACAAAAGCUCCCAGGAGCUGCAAAUCGCGAACGAAAUAACACCCACAAUGUGGUUACAUCGCAAACUAGUAUAGAAGCCAGUAGUCCUACCGCAACAGUAAGCUCUGUGACUACAAUAUCCUCUCCCACAUCGGCAGCGCCUUUGGUCUCAUCAACAUGGGGCUCCUUCACAGGUUCAUUCUUCGAAAACCCAAAUGUACAACAAACAAUUACAGCGCCGCCGCGUACCAGUGUGGGUAGUGUCGGCAUGCAUGCUGUUGCUAUAAAGUCGCAAAGCGAUUUAACAACUAUUCCAGGAGCAGGCGGUGCCGACUCGCCGACUACACAUCGACCAUCUAUUACUUCGACUACAACAUCCGAUUCUGUAGAAUUGUUGUCUCCGCCUAUUUCCAGUAGUUCAGAACAGCAGUCACCAUCUGCUGGCGCCAAUUACGCAGAUAAUAAUGACGGAUCUGCUUCUGUGGAAACCAUUAGUGCAACGCCAACAUUGGAAAGUGAGGUAGGAAAUAAAGAUAUGUGCAUGUCUGUAAGUGCCUCACUGCCAGAUAGCAUUGUAAUUAUAACGGAAAAGGAGGAAUACGACAAGGACGAAGAUUCGAUAUCAUAUAAAACGAUAGUGGGGGAAUCUAUCGAUGCCACAGAAAAUGAAGAAAGCAAUAUAAACCCCGCGCCAACACAUUUUUCAAACACUAUUGAGCAGCCAGCUAAUUCGACCAGUUGUUCGCCGAGCCAAAAAAUGAUCAUUUCUUUAGAAGAUAUAACUGGGUCCCAUCAUGCCGAUUCGGAUUCCACACAAAGUUUUGAAGACGUACAAAUGCAUACAAGUUGCGUCGUUAGCCAAUACUUGGAAAAAGCACAGACGGUUUCUCCAGCAUCUGAUGACCAAACCGAUCCAUUAAAUUCCAAAUCAAAUUCAUCACCUCACAAUUCCAACGAUGAAAUGGAAACUACAACAUCAUCAGAUAUAGAAAUCAUUUCUAAUCCCAAUGGCAAUGGCGACUCCUCCAGCACGAAUAGUUUGACGCGCGCCAGCCCCUUAAAGUGGAAAAAGCAAAGUAACCAGGGUGGGGCGCAAACGAGCAGUGUGCCUUCUUCAAGAAAAGGUCACUUUCGAGGUCCGUCAGAAAUAUCUAUACUAUCUGAAGACUCGCAAUCAGAAUUAGAUAAACUUUUGCAUCGCAUAAGCGAACUAAGUGAAACCUUAGAAGCACGUGAGCUACGUUUGCUGCAAUUGGAACGUCAAAACAUGGAAUUGCAAGAGCGCAACAGGGAAAUCGAGAGCAUGCUGGAAACAAUAAAAUCUAAUAGCGGCAGCAUCGAUAACGCAGAGGGCUACACGCAAAGAUUAUCCGCACUGGAGAAGAAAUUUCAAGCCAGCAUACGCGAGCGAGACGCGCUACGUAUACAAAUUAAAGAUCUGAAAGAAGAACUGCAGCUGAAAAUACCUAAAGAGCAGUUGACAGAGAGCACCAUAAUGAUCGAGGAACUGAGGCUGGAAGGUGAAAAGCUCUCAAAGGAUAUCCUCCAGCAGUCUAACAUCAUUAAAAAGCUCCGUACAAAAGAAAAAACUACUGAUGCCACAUUGAAAAAGAAUAAGGAAGAAAUUACGAGCUUGUCAGAUGAACUUGAUCGCCUCAAGAAAACCUUAAAUGCCAAGGAGGAAGUGGAGCGCUCACAAAUAGAAGCAGUGCAUAAAAUGUCUUCCGAAAAACGAAAACUUGAAGACGAAAAUGCACAGCUGCGUAGUAAAUUGGAAGAUUUACAAUCAAAGUGGGCCACUUUGCAGUCAAGCUUCGAAGCGGCAAAGUCGGAAUUGCAGCAACGUACACGCCAACAUACCGAUCUAACACGUACCGCUGAAGAAGCGAUUGCAGCAAAGAAAGAACGCGAAUUGCUAAAAACGGAGAAUGAAGAAAUUUUGGUGCAGUUGGGGGAAUUGCGCGAAAAACUGCGUGCCACCGAGCAGGCGACAGUGAAGCGAGAACAGCAGUUGCGCGAAGAGAGCAAGGAACUAAUAAGACGUUUGGAAGCGGCGGAAAUGCGUGCUGAAAGAACUACACAGGAGGCGAGUUUGACGACGGUUCCACUAAUGCGACAACUAGAAUCCCUACAAAAUACGUUGACCCAGCGAACCAGCAACUGGAAUCAAGAGGAAAAAAUACUUCUAGAUAAGUUGGCGGUAGCGCAAAGUAAAUUAAAAUCCUUAGAAAGUUUGGAGUCUAAAUAUGAAGAACGUGUCGAAUUGCUGCAGAAGCGUUGCUCUGAACUGGAAGAAACUCUUUCACAUUCGCUGCUGCAAGAAGAAAAAGCGAAAAUGGGUUCGCAGCAAGCGCAACUGGAAUAUAGUAUGAAGGAAAGUGGCCUGAAAAAAGAGUUAGCUAAUCUUACUAAAGAGCUUGAAGUGCUUACAUCAAAAGUGGAGACUUUGGAGCGUAAAAAUAAGGUAUUGGAAGAGAAGCUGCGUACAAAAGCUGAAGAGAAAGCGCAAAGUUGUAUCGGCGGCGAUAAUUUGACUCAAACUGGAGGUGAGACACAGCGCAUAGUUUCGCUUUCGGCAACAACGUUUUCGCCUCAUGAAUUAGCCCGCCAGCAAUCGUUAGAGCAAUCUCAUCGCUCACAGUCACCGGCGAUGAGUUUUGGGCGAAAUUCGCCAGAGGAAACAAUAGAAGGCGGCAGCAUAGAUUGGCAGGCAGAAGAUAUCGACUGCAUUUCGAAUUCCGGCCGCCAUAUGGGUAAUCUCGCCUAUGGCAUAAAUAUGAGUUUUAUGGGGCAUAAUACGUCCACGCUGGAGCAUUUACAAUCGAUGUUAAAACAGCGUGACGGAGAACUAGUACAUAUACAAUGGGAGUUGGCACGUUUGCAAGAGGGGCGCAGUGUGCUGGCAGAAGAAAUUGCUGAUUUAACGACGGAACUAGAAGCCGCAAAGGAAAAACUACUUUCCUACGAGUCACUGGAACAGAAUUACGAAGAACUACAACGUAACUAUGAUGCACUACUGCAAAUGUACGGUGAAAAGGUUGAGCGCACCGAAGAGCUUGAAUUGGAUCUGAAGGAAGCGCGAGAAGCGUAUAAGACGCAAAUCGAUGAACUGCUGGCCCAACCCCCGCGACCCACAUGAUACUUGCAGUACACUGAAGUGAGUCGAAUCGCUCGCUAAAUCCACUUGUUAUUUAAUUCCGUUUUAGUUAUAAUUGUAAUUAGGGUACUGUAUGUAUGUAGUUAUGUUAUAUCCAAUAUUUUAACCGAAAUAUUGCUGUGUUGUGAAUUUCAGCUACAAGAAAGAAAAGUAUAAUUUAAUAAAGCCAUUGGAAUAAUUUAA